GAUCAUUUUAAAAACUUCAUUCACGCACACAUUCGUUCACCCAUGUCUUCGUUUGAUCCUAAUGACCCUUUUGAUAACGGUCAACCUUGGCUAAACGUCCAAUCCAACUCCUCAGUCUGGAGAGCUAGUAACUUAGACUCAACUGCAGGUGACACUACCACUACUACUGCUACUACUUCUGGCAUCAACCUUAAUUCUGCUGCUCCUGUUGCUGCUGCUUCUGAGAACAUCCUUAUUGCUAUCCCUGCUUCGCCAGUCUCACCAGUUGUACAGCCUACGGCUCCAUCCCUUCAUACUAUCGCUACUACUGCUCCAAUGGCCUCACAACCUGGUCCUUCAGAUGGCUCUGCCGAGGCAACAGCUUCGAGAACAACAACGACAGUUUCUGCAGGGAAAAAAACUGCGACUAGUCACAGUAUUCAGCACGAUGAUGACCUUCCUCCUUCAUACGAGGCAACUAUUGUGAAUACCAAGGAUAGAUCCCCCAAUCUUCAGGGCUAUGGCCGACCUCAGAAUUUCCAUGACAAUUAUGAUCAUCUUCGUGGGCCUCCUGGACAACGCGGUUUAGAUAUCAAGACCAGGAUUCCUCUAGACUCAACUCCUGCAAGCCAUUACCAAUCAGGUAGUGAUGCCAAUGGUAGUACUGGGGUAGCUAGUGGGAGCAGUAGUAGCUCUGGUAGAGCUAGAGGACCAUCUAGUGGAGAGCAAUCCAAUAAUGGGCCACGAUAUGGAUCCAUUUCACCACCACAAGGCCGACAUCAAUCUCAAUUGCAAAACGAGAUAUCCCAAGGUCGAGAAGACGACGAGCUGCAUUCCCGUGACGUAGACAGGUUAUUGGGAACAGAUCAGGACCAACCCCAUCACCAACCUCAUGGCGCUCAAGCGCCUCGUUCAAGAUAUAAUGAUAAUGUAUACCAUGACGCUGACGAAGGGCCAGAGUCGCACUGGGGUGUUGUAGGGGAUGGUAAAGCAUGGGUGGGGUUCUUCUUCCUGUUGAUCGGUCUCUUGCCCUGGACUCUCUUCUGUUUUGUUUGGACGCUUGUGACAUUAAUCGUUGCAGGUAUCUCUGUGAUCGUACCGCCGAUCGGAUAUCUCUUCGUGAUUGCAGCCGUAACUUCUUGGAGAGCGCUAGCCCGCAUUGAUAUCAUCAUCUCGAGAGCCUUGGUUUCCUGGCAUGUUCGAGAGAAAUACCCAUUCAAGCUGGUCAAAGUGUUCGUUUCUGUACCGUCCACAGCAUCUCCUUCUUCAUCUUCCUCUUCUCGAACGGUAACACCAUCAAAUACUUCUACGUGGAGUAACCCAGCAGUCAUAGGGGUAGCAGCAACAGGAGGUCCAAAUCGUAGCCGACCACGACGAUCAAGAAAUCUGUGGCACAAAGGAGCAGAGCAUUUCAGAGCAACUCUGGCCAAUAAGCACACUGUCAACACUGUGCUUUAUUUCAUUAUCUUCAAGAUGAUGUUUGCAUUGGCAUCGUUCAUCUUCAUUCUUGUGUUAGCUGUGUUGGCGAUCCCCUUCAUGGUCUGUCUACUUCCAAGUGUCCUGAUCGUGAGCCGUAAGCUGGCGAAUGGGCAGUUCCGAUGGGCUAUAUUCUGGUUGGCUGAGAAGGGGCAACCUAUCGCUCUGCCAUGACAUCAAAAAUAUUUUUUUAUAGAAAAAUGAAAUAAAAUAAAUAAAUAAAGAC